AUGUCGGCUUCCGCAGCGCUGGCGCGGGCCCUGCGCCCGUGGAGAAGGAGCUUCGUGCGGACGCGCAGUCCGCCAUUUCACACGCAGGGCGCCGCUCCGCUGGGCCUCCGGGCCCUGGCCACCGGCAGCUCCUCGGGGAGCAAGGCCGCCGUCCUCGCGGAGGCGGCCGCGGUUCCCCCGGAGCGGAACCGGAACUUUAGUAUCAUCGCCCACGUCGACCACGGGAAGAGCACGCUCUGCGAUCGGCUCCUCCAAUCUUGUGGCGUGAUUCCGGAGAAUGCGAGGGAACAGUUCCUGGACGGUCUCGAGGUGGAGCGCGAGCGGGGCAUCACGGUCAAGGCGCAGACCUGCUCGAUGCUGGUCCGGUCGGAGAAGGAUGGGUUGCAGUACCUGCUCAACCUGAUCGACACGCCCGGGCAUGUGGACUUCUCGUACGAGGUGUCCCGGUCGCUCCACGCCUGUCAGGGGGCCGUUCUGCUCUGCGAUGCGGUGCAAGGCAUCCAGGCCCAGACCGUCUCGACUUUCCACCAGGCCUUCGAAGCAGACCUGGAGGUGCUCUGCGCCCUGAGCAAGGUAGACCUGGACCAUGCGCAGAAGGAGGAGGUCAAACGGCAGAUGUCCGUCCUGACGGGAGUCUCCACGGACGAAGUUCUGGAGGUAAGCGGCAAGACAGGACAAGGUGUUCCGAGUUUGCUGGAGGCCAUCAUCCACAAGGUGCCUCCUCCCAGAGGCAAAGCGCAAGCACCUUUCAAAGCCCUGCUCUUCGAUGCCUACUACGACAGUCGGCGCGGCAUGGUGUUGCUGAUUGCGAUCGAAGAUGGGGAGCUGAAGAAAGGCAGCAAGAUCCACUGCUCCUACAGUGGGAGGGUCCACGUCGCCAUGGAUAUUGGCCUCCUCUACCCCGACCUCUGCUCUGUGGACAACCUGCGCAGCGGCCAGAUCGGCUUCAUCGUCGUGGGUGCGAAGGACAUUCGCAGCUUCCGCGUGGGCGAGACAGUCUGGCAGGAAGGUGGAGAGAAGUCCGGGCAGCCCUUCCCUGGAUUCAAGCCCGCUCAUCCUAUGGUCUAUGCCGGGAUCUUCCCGGAGGCCGUAAGCGAUGGCGAGAAGCUGGAGACAGCGAUGCAGCGUCUACUCCUCACGGAUGCCUCCGUGGAGGCGCGCCGGGAUAUCUCUCCGGUCCUCGGCUCUGGGUACAGAUGCGGCUUCCUGGGCCUCCUCCACCUGGACGUUUUCCGACAGCGCCUGUCGAGGGAGUAUGGUGUGGAUGUCCUGGCAACAUCGCCGACGGUUCCCUACCACCUCCUUUUGUCCAACGGCAAGCAGGUGGUGGUGGAGCAUGCGGGAGAUUUCCCGACUCCACCGGCGAUGCCCCCGAAGGAGGUUGAGGAGCCCUUGGUGAUUGCCACCAUUGUCUUGCCUCGAGAACUGACGCCCGGCAUCCAGCAGCUCUGCAUCGAGCGUCGUGGAGAGGAGCUCUCAGUGGAGCCCUUGGACAAUGCUGGCGAGCGCAUCCUCAUGAAGUGGAGGCUACCCCUUGCGGAGGUCAUCACGGACUUCUUCGACAAGCUUCAGGCUCUGAGCCAUGGCUUCGCGAGCUUCGACUACCAGCCCGCGGGCUACCAGCCGGUUGACCUGGUGAAGGUCGGCGUCCGCCUGAACAACGAGCACGUGGACGCCCUAAGCUUCUUCGCCUUGCGUGCGAAAGCUCCAGAGGUGUCGCGAAAGUACCUGGAGAAGCUGGAGAAAGUCAUCCCGGCGCAACUCUUCGACAUCGGCAUCCAGGCCGUCGUCGGAGGAAAAGUCGUGGCGAAGGUACGCAUCAAGCCAAUCAGAAAGGACGUCGUGGCACAGAAGAUCCUAAGCCACGGCCACAGCGGGGACCCCUCGCGCAAGGCGAAGCUCCUGGAGAGGCAAAAAGAAGGGAAGAAGCGACUUCGCGAGAUUGCCAAAGUCCAAGUCCCUCCAGAGGCCUUCGUCGCGAUGGUCAAGAUGUGA